AUGUCAAUCCCAUUUGCACGUACGGAUAGGCUUCCCAGGCUGUCUACCAUUUUCUUUCACUAUCUAUCUAUCUAUCUAUCUAUCUAUCUAUCUAUCUAUCUAUCUAUCCAUCUAUUUGAAAUGAUGUCGGCGUCGGCGUCUCAACGAAAGACUCUGAGCAUUUCUGAACACUUGGAGCUCAUCGACGAUGUCAAAGUGAAGAAACUCAAACUGGCCGCUGCAGCCAAAAAGUACGGAAUCGGUUAUUCAACAGCAGCAAAAAUUCUCAAGAAAGAAGACGAUCUCAGAUCUUGCAUGCAAAUGAACGGAAACACUAAUCGCAAACGAAAGCGCCAAUCCGUGCACAAGUACGUUAACGAAGCGCUUACACAAUGGUUUACGCAAGCAUGUGCUCGUGGAGCUACCGUCACCGAUCACGUCAUCAGGCAGAAAGCAUCACAACUGGCCGUAAAUCUUGAAGUUGAUUUUGAACCGAGCAAUGGCUGGCUCAUGCGCUGGAAGCAGGCCAAUAACGUUUCGUUCAAAAAAUUUCACGGUGAAUCAACGUCAGCAGAUCACGGUUCUGCCAACGAGUGGGUGACAAAUGUUUUGCCGCAACUUUUUCGUGGAUAUGAUCCAAAAGAUGUUUGGAACUGUGAUGAAACGGGAAUUUUCUACAAAGCCAUGCCGUCUGGAUCCUUGCGAUUUGCCGGCGACGAACAGUCAAAUGGGACAAAAGUUCCCAUAGACAGACUCACGAUGCUUCAGUUCACAAACAUGGACGGCAGUGAAAAGCAAGGUGUAGUUGUUGCCUGGAGGACAAGUCAGCUGUUUACUGACGUUAUGAAAACGCUUGAUCGAAAAAUGAUUGCUCAAAAUCGAAAGAUUAUUCUGUUUUUGGACAAUGCAACUUGUCAUAACUUACUGCCGGGUACAAAUCUGUCAAACAUCAAAUUGUCGUUCAUGCCACCAAACACCACCAGUCUCAUUCAACCUUUGGAUGAAGGCAUCAUUCGUUCAUUCAAAGCGUAUUAUCGUCGGGAACUUGUUCGAAUGCAAAUCGCAGCGAUCGAUGCUACACCGCCAGUGCCGCUGUCCGAGGUGGCCAAGCAGAUAACUGUUUUGAAGGCCAUGCACAUGAUGAAGCGAGCACUUUUCAUGGUCAAACCGUCAACAAUUCAAAAUUGUUUUAAAAAGGCCGGCUUUGUCAUUGAAUCACAGGCUGAGGUGGAAGAAAUACUCGACGAAAAUGAUGAUGAUGCUGAAAGCUACCUUAUAUACAUACACACACAUAUCUAUCUAUCUAUCUAUCUAUCUAUCUAUCUAUCUAUCUAUCUAUCUAUCUAUAUAUAUAUAUACCCGCUGGCACAAAAAAGGCAAACUCGAUGCAUAGAAAAAAUUGUUUAUUCUUUGUUCGGAACAAGCGGAGGCCUUUUGUUUUGA